AUGGACCGAGACGCGCCUGCGGGCCCGGCAGAGCCGGUCCGGCCCCAGGCUCCGGAGGGCAGCGCUGAACCCGCACAGGGCGGGGGCGACCGGGUGCUCGUCCUCUCCCCGGGGGUGACAUUGACCCUCGGCCGGGAUGCUCUGCUCAUGUCUGGUAUGGCGUCUGUGACAGAUGAGCCGAUUGCCAUUUAUGAGUUCUCGCUUCGCCGGCUGUUGCUGAUACCGCACGCAGGGGCCAGUGGCACACCCGGCAGCAUACCGUAUUACAACAUCCUUUGGGCAGAAGUCACUGGCGACCACAGGUGGCUCCUGAUUGACUAUGCAGGCCAGACGGGCCCGCAUUCUCUCGAAGUUCGCAGUGCCAAGUUUGCCAUCCCGGAGCUUGUUGCUGAGCAGACGCCCGCCGGCGUGGGCGACCAAGUGGCACCGUGGGUUGGCCGGCUUCUGGACCGCGCCUACGAAGGCUCAGCUCGCCGUAAGCGCGCCUGGGUGUUGGUAAACCCCCAUGCUGGCCCCGGUGGUGCUGAGAAGAUCUGGGAAAAAGAGGUGAAGCCCAUCUUGGAAGCGGCCCGUAUGCCCAUCACCGCCGUGCGCACCGCCUACUCCGGUGAGGCCGUGACCCUAGCCCGCGACUUGAACAUUGAGGAUUAUGACAUUGCUAUUCCCUGUUCGGGGGACGGCCUGCCACAUGAAGUGUUCAACGGCCUCGCAAAGCGCCCGGAUGCCCGCCGCGCGCUGUCCAAGAUCGCCGUUUGCCAUAUCCCCUGCGGUUCCGGCAACGCCAUGAGCUGCAAUCUGUACGGUACCUACCGGCCAGCCCUGGCGGCCCUGGCUAUUGUCAAGGGCGUACCGACGCCGCUGGACUUGGUCAGUGUCACUCACGGGGGCCAGCGCACCAUUAGCUUCCUCAGCCAAGCCGUGGGGUUGAUUGCAGAAGUUGAUCUAGGGACUGAGAAUAUGCGGUGGAUGGGUGCGACCCGCUUUACGGUCGGCUUUCUCAUGUUAGCUCUACAGAAAAAGACGUACCCGUGCGAUAUUGCCGUCAAGGUCGAGAUCGGUCAUAAGGAUGACGUCAAGAAACACUACCGGCAACAGGUUGCACUGAGGGAGGCUAAGGCCUCUAAGAAGGCUGACAAGCAAUCCGAGAUCUCGCCUCCUGCCCCUAGCGCUGCCGUCGACGAUGGUGAUAUGGGACUUCCGCCUUUAAGAUACGGCACUUCUGUGGACAAACUACCCGAAGGGUGGGAGCUCAUCCCUCAUGAAAAGCUCGGUAGUUUCUAUUGUGGUAAUCUCUAUCUAACGAAGACCUAG